AUGGCUCUACCCAAACCUUCCAGCCCCCUUCCAAGAGUGCUGGUUCCGGAAAAGCUGUCUCCAGAUGGCCUAACACUUCUUCGAGCCAAUGCGGACGUUGACGAAAGAAGAGGGCUCCCACCUGAUGAGCUGCUAAAGAUCAUACCAGACUAUGAUGCCCUGGUGGUUCGUUCAGAGACGAAAGUAACACACGAGGUCCUGCAGGCGGCAAAGAACCUGAGGGUUGUUGCGAGAGCAGGAGUGGGAGUAGAUAAUGUUGAUGUUGACACUGCUACAAAGCUUGGGAUCGUGGUGGUGAAUUCUCCAUCUGGGAACAUUGGCGCAGCCGCAGAGCAUACAAUUGCAUUGAUGCUAUCCAUGGCUAGGAAAAUUCCCCAUGCCUGCUCUAGCCUCAAGGAGGGCAAGUGGGAAAGAAGCAAGUUUGUCGGCGUUGAGGUCAAAGGGAAAACUUUGGGAAUUAUUGGGCUUGGAAAAGUUAUGCGUCUUGACUAUGGAGAGUUUCUAAUGACACGGUUCUCAAUAGUGGCUGUUGCCAACCGUCCAACUUCCUUACGAUCCACCACUCCACUAAUUGCAUCAACCAAGGGCAUGGAUAUCCCAUUGCCCGAGCUCGCGCAGAUGAAACCCCGGUGCCCGGAUACUCAAUGUUGCUCGCGGAGGUACCCAUUGAUGAAAGUUGCCUUGCUGGAGGCUCUUGAAUCCGGGCAUAUCGCAGGUGCUGGUAUAGAUGUGUUCACUUCAGAGCCGCCGACCCAAGAUUCAUUUGCCGCCAACCUUAUCGCACAUCCCAAUGUGGUUGCCACUCCUCAUCUCGGUGCCUCAACCAUAGAAGCACAGGAAAACGUUUCGAUUGACGUUUGUGAACAGGUACUCCAAAUUCUAGGGGGAGCACUUCCCCGUAGCGCUGUCAAUGCUCCGUUGAUUCUUCCGGACGAAUAUAAAAGGCUGGAACCGUUCGUCCGCCUAGUGGAAAAGAUGGGCAGUUUAUAUACCCAGCACUACAGUUCAUCCACUUCUUUUGACGCCAAUCGGAACGCAUUUGAUCUAAUAUAUGAAGGCGAACUUUCCGGUGUGAACAACACGAAGCCACUUUUUGCUGCUCUAGUGAAGGGCCUCGUGAGCCCUAUCAGCAGUACGAAUGUAAGCAUCGUCAAUGCCGAAUUCGUGGCCCGGGAGCGGGGCAUUGUGAUAAACGAAAAACAUUCUCGUGAUCCUUCUACCCAUUCGUACUCCUCCCUAGUCACUCUCGUGGCCAGGCCACCUUCUCGAGCACCAUCCAGAGCACCUGGAGCUCCAGAAGCUCAAAGACCUCGCCAUAACCCACAUCAGCAAAUAAUCUCCGGAACCUGUUCUGGUUCCCAGAUUGUUAUAUCACGUCUUGGCCGCUUCGCUACAUCUUUUGUUCCGGAGGGCAGGCUUCUGAUCUGCCACAACUAUGACUCACCAGGGAAAAUUGGAGUUGUGGGAAGUAUUCUCGGCAAGGGGGGUGUUAAUAUAAAUUUCAUGAGUGUGGCCCCAGUGUCGAAAAAGUUGCUUGAAGAGGAUGCGGCCAGGGAACAAGGUCAAAAGUUGUAUGAUCAUAGUGGGAACGGCACCAAUACAGAGGCUUUGAUGAUUCUUGGUGUCGAUAGACCCGUUAGUCAAGAUAUUGUUACGACGUUGGUCAAUGCUGGAGGCGUCUUGAGCGCGAGUUUGGCAUCGCUCUAG